AUGCUUGAAAUGACAAGAAAAACAGAGGCCGUCAUCAAAAACUUCAGCCCACACUACAGACGCCAGCAUGCGGUGGCUUUCUGCAAGCAUGUGCAGGAUGAGCUGGAGCAGCACAGGGAUUCCCAGUCCCGGUUCCUGAAAACCAAGCCACCGGCAGAAGCUGAGACAGUCUUAUACGAAGCAGAGCUGCUGCAUUUUGCUGAGGAUCUGAAGAAGUGGAAGGACAGAUAUGUCGUUGUCAAAAAUGACUACACUGUGGAUUGCUUUGAGACUAAAGAGGCCUACCAGAAAGGAGCCAGCCCUAAAUACCAUGUUCUUCCUGCAGGAGGCAAAGUACUGACUUCAGAAGAAGAUUACAAUUUGCUGUCUGAUAAACAUUUUCCAGAUCCUGUUGGGUCGAGUGAGAAGGAGGUCACUCAAGCCUUCGUUCAGCUGCCGAGAGAGUUCCCUGUUUACCUGUGGCAGCCCUUCACCCGACACAGCUACUACUGCUUCCCGGAGGCAGAAGCUCAGAGGCAGUUCAGCGCCGUGCUGGGGGACUGCGUGAGACACUCAAACCACGAUAUAGUAGAACAGACCACUUAUGAAGUUGAGGCGUUCUUAGAAGCCAUUCAGUUCUUCCGGCAGGAGAAAGGCCACUAUGGGACAUGGGAAAUGAUAACCGGAAAUGAAAAAGAGAUCCUGAGCAACCUUGUGAUGGAGGAACUCCUGCCUAACCUUCAAACAAUGAUCCUGCCUAAAAUGAAAGGAAAGAGGAAUGAUAGGAAGCGGGCCUGGUUUGGUAUCGUAGAAGAAACUUAUGGCUUAGUCCAGCAGCAGGUGUCAGAAGGAUUAAAUACCUUGAAAGAAGAAUGCAGAGAUUUUGCAAAAACUCUUGAAGGAACCAUUCGCUCAGACAUGGAUCAGAUUCUGAACUCCAAGAGCUUCUUAGCUGGAAAAAUCAAAGCCACUGUUUCUGAGCCUGCCCAGAAGUGCUGCAUAGAACAUAUCCAGCCAUUUCUCGCAUCCAUAUUGGAGGAGCUCAUGGGUCCGGUGAGUUCUGGAUUCACUGAAGUCCGCUCACUUUUUGAUAAAGAAGUUAAUGAAAUCAUACAGGACUUCCAGAAGACAAAUGAUAUCACGAAGCUGAAGGAGAAUGUGGAUCAGCUUAUGAACCUGCCAUUUAACUCUGUGAAAAUGGAGCCCUGUUAUAUGAAAGUGAACCUCCUCCAGGAACUCCUUCAAGACCUCAAGAGUCGCUUCAAGAUCUAUCACAUUGAUUUUGUGAUUCAGAGGACACAGAACUUCAUGCAAGAGCUGAUGGAAAAUGCAGUUUAUACUUUUGAGCAGCUGUUCUCUCCAAGUCACCAGGCAGACCCAGCGAAAGUUGCAACAAGCAUUGAGAAGGUCAAGCUGAGAGUACUGAAGCAAUAUGAUUAUGACAGCAGCACUAUCCGGAAGAAGAUAUUUCAAGAAGCACUGGUACAGAUUACUUUGCCCACAAUGCAGAAGACACUGGCUGCAACGUGCAAACCAGAGCUGCAGAAAUAUGAGCAGUUCAUUUUUGCUGAUUACACUAGCGUGAUCCAAGUAGAGAAUGUGUAUGAAGAGAUUUUGUAUCAGACACUGCUUGAAGAAACCCUGAAAGUGAUAAAAGAAGCUGCCAUUAUGAAGAAGCACAACCUCUUUGAAGAUAACUUGAAUUUGCCCUGUGAAAGUGUGUCCAGCUUAACGGACCUGAAGACCCCUUCAGGAUCAGCACAAACCACUCCUGCGAAGAAGCCUUCCUCUGUCCGAGCCGAGAUAUCAGACACUGAAACUCAAAGUGAUGAAACACUCAUUGUGACAGGAAAAAUUUCUUGGGAGAAGGAUGCUGAUGAUAGAAAGUCAUCAGACAAAGAGGCAGUCACUUCUGUUAAUACAGCUGGUGAUCAGGCGAGCAAAAGUGAAGAAGUGGUCACUACAGACACUGGCGAAAAACAGGAGUCUCUUUCAGCUACCCUUACAAAACAAGAAGUUGCAGAGGAAAAAAGCGCUUUGCAGAAUGAAGACACAGUGAAAGCAGAGUGUGUAGUGAACGCUCAGAAAGAGCUUAAGACACAACAAGAAGCUGUGGAGGAAAAAGUAGCUUCUGGGACUGGAACUGCAGUGAAAGAUUUUGGAGGCAGCCCUGAAAAAGAACUUCAGGAAGAAGUUUCUGAGAUAAAGCUUACUUCCCCACAUGAUAAUGUAGCAGAAGCGGAGAUUUUAAGAAAUUCUGAAAAGAAAAUCAAGGUAGAAAAAGAAAUUAUGGAAAAAUUACCUCAGAGUGAAAAUGCAGUAGGAACAGGGUUUGAAGAGGAUAGUAGAAAAGAAAGCAAUGACCAAGGAGCAAGUACUGAGACAAGGGUUGUUUCCCAGAAUGAAAACACAGGGAAUGGAGGGUUUGGGGAUAAUCUUGAAAAAGAAAGCAAGUCAGAAGAAAAGAGUUGUAAAUCCCCUGAUGAUGUGAAUGAGAUAAGGAGUUUGCUGAUGGUAACAGUUGAGAUACCAGCAGAUACUCCACCUGAGAACAUAAAGGAGGUUUGUGAAGGUGAGAUAUUAAAGUUUCAAGAGCACAAUAAAGGGAAUGACGAGAUGAGCGAAAUGGCUGCAACAGAAAUUCAAGUGAGCCAGACAAUGAUGAAUAAAGAUGCAGCAGAAUGCACAGAGUUCAAGGAGGACCAGCCAUCUUCAUCUAGUUUGGGGACAGAUGGUAUGAAUUUAGUGAAUGUGUCUGAGGGGGCCUGCAAUAUGGCACAAGCAGAAUGGCUGGUGGAAAGCUCAGGUACACCUCAGGAGGCAAAGGCAGAGGUGGAGAUCAAGCAAAGCGUUUGGUACACAGACUUGGCUAGAGGCGACAGCAAUUUAGAGGUCAGCAAUCUGCAAGGUUGCGCUGGACCACCGAUCAAAAAUAAAAAUAAUAAUCCGCUCAUUCGGUAA